AUGGAGGUAGUACAACCACCUUGGGGACCGAACGACCAGAGGGGUGAUUUUUCUAAGCAAGAGGAGCCUGUCAGCAAGAGACGCAUCGGGACCGUUUGCGCAAGUCUCCAUCCAUGUCUCACCGAUGCUGCCCCGUGUCUCCAGAGGGAGCCGCAUUCAUCACCACCUCAGCUUUGGGUUACUAAAUGGUUUUCUGGGGGAGGAUUUCUAACCGGCGAGAUGCUGCUCGUACUCCUGCUGGCAGCCUUUUCUUCCUCCAUCUCCGGCUCCCUCUCUUCCUCCCUCUCCUCCCCCUCCAUGUCGGACGGACCCCCAAUGGCAGACCCGUCUGCCUCGGACUUGAUGGCGGAGACCUGCAGCGCCUGCUCCUGCAUGUCGGUGGAAAACGUGCUGUACGUCAACUGCGAGAAGGUCACCGUCUACCGGCCCACGCAGCUCAUCCCGCCGGCCUCGUCCCUCUACCACCUUAACUUCCAGAACAACUUCUUAAUCAUACUCUACCCAAACUCGUUCCUGAACUUCACCCACGCUGUGUCACUGCAGCUGGGGAACAAUAAACUGCAGAACAUCGAAGGUGGAGCGUUCAUGGGGAUGAGCGCGUUGAAACAGCUGCACCUCAACAAUAACGAGUUAAAGGUGCUGCGAGCAGACACUUUCCAAGGGAUAGAGAACUUGGAAUACCUUCAGGCUGACUACAACUUGAUAAAGUAUAUUGAAAAGGGGGCAUUUAACAAACUGCACAAGCUAAAAGUGCUGAUCCUGAACGAUAAUCUCAUACAGGCACUACCUGACAACAUAUUUCGCUUUGCCUCACUCACACACCUGGAUAUAAGGGGGAACAGGAUCCAGAAGCUUCCUUACUUGGGGGUUCUGGAGCAUAUAGGGCGCAUUGUAGAGCUGCAGCUGGACGACAACCCCUGGAAUUGUACCUGUGAUUUAGCACCUCUCAAGGCGUGGCUUGAAAACAUGCCCUAUAAUAUUUUUAUCGGCGAGGCCAUAUGCGAAACACCAAGCGACUUGUACGGGAGGCUCCUGAAAGAAACCAACAAACAGGAGCUUUGCCCCAUGGGAACAGGGAGUGACUUUGAUGUAAGGAUGCCACCCGCACUGCCAGAUAAUGGGCAGUCGCCCUCCAAAGUGUCCCCGACCACCGUGGCUCCCAUAGCCACAAAAUCGCCAAAAACCACUGACUCAUCCAAGAUUUACGGUAACGGUAUCGUGGCUGGUUUGCCCCCUUUUGGAAGAAAUAGUCAGAUUGUUUCCUUUCAGACACGGACCCCUCCGUUGUUGUGUCCACAGCCCUGCAGUUGUAAAGCCCACCCCUCUGACUUUGGUAUUAGUGUCAGCUGUCAGGAGAGGAAUAUUAAAAGUCUAGCUGAUCUCAUCCCAAAACCUCCAAACGCCAAGAAACUUCACCUGAGUGGGAAUUACAUCCGCGACAUAAGCCUGACUGACUUCCAAGGGUUCGAGGGCUUAGAUUUGCUACACCUCGGCAGCAAUCAAAUUGUCACAGUCCAGAAAGGUGUGUUUGCUAACCUCACUAACCUGAGGAGACUGUAUCUGAAUGGAAACCAGCUCGAACAGUUACACCCAGAGAUGUUUUUGGGCCUCACGAACCUCCAGUACCUAUAUUUGGAAUACAAUGCCAUAAAAGAAAUCUUAGCGGGCACAUUUGACUCCAUGCCGAACCUUCAACUCCUGUAUCUCAACAAUAAUGUUCUGCGGAGUCUCCCCGCCUACGUGUUCGAGGGUGUCUCUUUAGCUAGACUGAAUCUGAAAAACAAUCACUUCAUGACCCUGCCAGUGAGCGGUGUCUUGGACCAGCUGCGGUCACUGACCCAGAUAGACCUGGAAGGGAACCCAUGGGAGUGUUCCUGUGAUCUGGUCGCCCUCAAACUCUGGCUGGAGAAGCUGAGUGAUGGAGUGGCUGCCAAAGAGGUGAAAUGUGCCUCCCCUGUGCAGUUCUCCAACAUUGAGCUGCGCCUCUUGAAAAAUGAGAUCCUGUGUCCUAAGCUUAUUGCGAGGCCGCCGUUUAUUCUCACUAGCGCCACCCCUGUCCUGACCUCAGUGUCGCCCGCUGGGGUUGGUAAAGCACCACCGGGAGGGCCCGUGCCUCUCUCAAUUAUGAUCCUCAGCAUCCUCGUAGUGCUCAUCCUCACUGUGUUUGUGGCCUUCUGCCUUUUAGUCUUUGUCUUGAGGCGGAAUAAAAAGCCAGUGGGUAGGCAGGAGGGGCUGGGGAAUCAGGAAUGCGGCUCCAUGUCGUUGCAACUCCGCCGACACAGCCAUAAAUCCGGCAAGAAAGGCUCCAUCCCGGGAGACGACCUUGGAGGCGAGACAUUCAUCCCCCAGACCAUCGAGCACAUCGGCAAAAGCCACACCUGCGGGAUCGGACGCUCCUCGGACAUGGACGCCGGGUUCAAGUUCGCGGACUCGCAGAGGCAGAAGAUCAUCUUCCGGAACAGCGCAGACAAGGACAAGGACUCGCUCUCCACCCUGGAGCGCAACAAACGCCUCAGCACCAUCGACGAACUCGAGGAGUUCCUCCCCAACCGAGAGCCCAGCAUGUUCAUUCAGAACUUCCUGGACAGCAAAAGAGAUUUCAACAGUAUAGGGAUGGGCGGGUACGAGAUCCGCUACCCGGAGAAAACGCUGGAUAAAAAGAUGAAGAAGUCGUCGCUGAUAGGCGGGAACCACAGUAAGAUCGUGGUGGAGCAGAGAAAAAGUGAGUAUUACGAGCUGAAAGCCAAGCUCCAAGGAACGCCUGAUUACCUGCAGGUGCUCGAGGAGCAGACUGCACUGAGUAAAAUGUAG